AUGUCAGCCAACACCACCCCGAAGCGCGCCGCCAAAACCGCGAAACCCCUCCUACCCGCCCCUUCUUCGCCCCUGAGCCUCGCCGCGUCCCCCUCCUCCAGUCCAACCAAGAUGACCUGGGACGCCGCCAACGACCGCAAGCUCUUCCUCCUCAUCUUCGGCCGCACCGUCACCCCCGCCGAAUACCCGCAACUAUCCAAGGUCUUCCCUGGCUCCAGCGUCGGUAGUAUCAGGAACCGCAUCACCGCUCUUCGCGCUGAGGCGCGCAAGAUGCAGGAGGGCUUGGGUUAUGAGGUAGGCGCCGGCGCGGCGGCCAAGAAGGUCGCUGCUGCAACCCCCAAGAAGCGAGGUGCAGUGGUGGUCAAGAGGGAGGCGGACGCCAUGGAUAUGGAUGAGGAAGACGAAGAUGAGGAUAUCGUCCGUGACCCGAGCAAGAGGAUCAAGGCCGCUGUGCGCAAGCCACAGGCUAAGAAGGACGGUAACUCUAGGAAGAAGGGUCGUGGAGGCGCCGGUUCUAGUAUUCUUCACCAUGGAUCGUCUGACAGCGAGGAUGAACUUGCUUUGACGGGUGAGGACAAGGUCAAGCGCAGGCCUGUGCCCGCUGGCGUCCCGUACAUGGUAGUCGGAGAGUCGGUCAUCAGAGAUCCCAGGACUGGCGAUGUCAUCGUUGAUGACGAGGAUGAUGAGGAUGAAGUCUAG